AUGGCGAGCUCGUCCAGCAGCAGUGGGAGCGGGUCCUGGUCGCGCUGGCCCUCCCUCCUCGCCCCGCACCCCGACCCACGCCCGUUCGCCCGCACAAAUAGGGUCUACAGCGCAGCGUCCACAUCGACCUCCCCCUCCCGGCCCUCCGCAUCCACAUCCCUAUCCCCAUCACGCACCGCGCCCUCCUCCCUCUCCGGCUUUUUCACCACGCCCACAUUGAUGUCGCGUUCCGCGUCGAACCUCGGCGUUGACGAUGAUAAUUCGCGGUCCCAGUCGAGGUCGAGGUCGAGGUCAGGACUGCGACUGCUGAAGGGCAAGAGCAAGAGCAAGCCGAACUUGAAAGCAAGGUCGCCCCCGCCGUCGCUCGAGCCGCUGUCAUUCCCGUCCGAACCUAUCAUCGACCUUGGGUCGUUGCGGUCCUUCUCCUUCUCCUCUAGGCCAAGGACGCCGUCGCCCCCUCCGCCCGUCCCUCCUCUACCCCCAGGAAUACAUAGUCAUGGUCAUGGACAACGCAACACCCCACACCGCAAAUACCACUCCGAGCCCAACCACCCCGAUAAUCACGAAUGCCAUAAUGAACUCGGAUUUGCCAGCCAUGACGGAGAUGACGGAAGACGCAGGCUCGCCGGUGGCCUCGUGCAACCUGGCAACUAUCCUUCGUCAACUUCACAGAGUGUACCCUGUGCACCCUGGGCUUCCAGGUCGCCUUCAACUCCAAAUGCGCAUGUACACCCCCGGGGAUCAACCAGCCCACCGCCCGCACACCCACAAAUAUACACCUACUCCAGGCCUGAGGCUGAGGUUGCAAGACAGGCGGAAUCGUCGCGGGAUAUACCCAUACCUCCACCACGCGCCGCGGAGAUCCAGAAACGCACAAGUAGUGUCACCGUCAGUGGGGGUGCGGGUACUUAUAGUACCCUCACUCUCUCCUCAGCCCCCUUUCCCCACCCGCCGUUGGCCCAACCGCCGGACGCCCCGGCCUCGCGACUGCAGCGCAAGGCAUCCACACUCUCCGCUAUAUCCAUCUCCAGCCGCCGCAGCUCGGGCUCGGGCUCGUAUAAGCUGAAAAACACCAAGAGACGCCCGCCGUUGCCGCCGGUACCACCUACACCGACUUCGCCUGACCACCCCCAUAUGAUGAGUACCAGCCAGCAGUGCCAGGAGGAGGGUGGGUUUCCGUUUCCUGAUGUCGAUGCAUCGACGUCGACGAAACAGCCACGAGAUGAAGGAUCUCUUGGAUCAACAAGUACUGCGCCCAUGCCCUCCUCGCGUUCUCCGUCGCCCCUGCCUAUUCCUCCGGUCUCCGACGCCGCUCAUUGUCGUUUCGACUCGCCCCUCGAGGCGAGGAGCGAUUGUGGGCACGGUACCCCUGCAACAACCUCGUCCACAAAUCCGUUAACCUCGCCCAAUAAACGGACUUCUCUCCUCCUCCGCCAUUUCAGCCUCACCACCCGCUCGUCGUCGCCCUCGCAUCCAAAGCCCAAGCGCACAGGUACAGGUUCGAGACCGACGUCUCCUCCCCCAAGCAGCUGGGCGGACGUCGCCUGUCCUCAUCCUACUUCAUCCACCACUAACAGUACGCUAACGGCAACGUCAACGACAGCUUCGACUUCGAUUUCGGCGCCCUUGUCGAGGUCGGGCUCGGUGUCGGAUUUCAGCGCCAAGUUGCGGCGGUGGUCGAUACGCCGCGGAAAGCAGAGCGCAGAUGGGAGUGGGUGCAGCAGCCGGACGAGUCUAGAAGAUGAAAAUGAAGCUGCGAAGAAGGAUGCAGUGGGAAGGGUGAAAGGCAAGGAGCGGGCACCACUGAUCAGGGUUGUGUCGACGGGCAGUGUGCACCCCCGAGAGUCUGAUCUCCUGUCCCUCCACUAUCUCAAUCCUGCACGGUCGUCUGCACUAUCCACAACAGAGUCGCAGCAGAUGCCGUCGAUAUGCUCUUCGCAACAACGAACCCACAAGCGCAGUACGUCGUGGGGAGACGCCGCGGUCGCUCUCUUUCGCGGGGCGUCGUUUACGUCGAUCUCAGGCGAGAGCAGGCGUAACUCGAAAGAGAAGGAACGACCGAAGACGAUGGAGAGCAGUUACAAAGGCAGGGCGAUCGUUGACCUAACGAAGGACGAGGGGGUCGUUUCACAGGAACCCAGCCCAAGCCCACGCCGAGCAAAGUUCACGUUGGGCGAAUGCGACUCGGACGCUGACCUGCCCUCGUCGUCCACCUCUGCCCCAUUAUCACCCCCAACAAUAACCAGCACGACCGCAGCCCCGACUUCUCCACGCCCACCGUUUGCACGACGCGACGCCCUCAUCAGCGAGACAGAACGCAAGGGCCGGCAGCGUUGGACGCUCGCGCGCGCGGUUGCAGACGAGGGCAUCUCGGAGGCGGCGCUUGUGCGGGAGCUGGAGCGACUAAGAGCGGUCAGGUCAUGGGGCGUUGAAGGGAGGAGACGGAGAAGGGUCAUGAGCGAGGGCGGGAAUGCGGGCGAGGGUGUGGGUGUGGGUGUGGACGAGGACGAGGACUGCGCGGAUGAGAUGUGGGACGAGUGGGACGUGGAUGGGUGGGGUGUUGAGCGGGAGGUGUUCGAAGGCGUCGAGGAAGAGGAGCGGAGAGAACGAACGCAAGUGCUGGACGGCGCGCUAAGAGACAGCCCGACAGAAUCAUCCGAGUCCGAGCCCAUCCUCCACCCCUCUCCCUCCCGCUCGCCAUCUCACACCUGGCUCGCCACCCGGCGUGCCCUCCUCAUCUGCCGCGAGCUCAUCCAAACCGAGCGCCACUACCUCGCCUCCCUCCGCGCGCUCGUCGCACAGGACACCGCGUCCCCGCCCCCGCCCCUCAUGCUGCACUACGCUUCCGAGGUCCUGCGUGCCAGCGCGGGCGUCCUCGCGGGCAUGGAGCGCGAGCCGGGCAUGCGCGGCGUCGCACGUGCGUUCGUGGACCGCGCUGAGGAGGUGGAUGGGGCGUAUGUGAGGUGGUGUGGUGUGGUGGGUGGGUGGUUCGCUGAUGGUGCGGAGGAGGGGGAGGAGGGGCAUGUGGUGAAGAGGAAGAGGAGCCGGACGAAUCAUCAUCGGACGUCGGUGCCUGGUGUGGAUGGCGAGGGCGAGGAGGGCAGUGGCAAGGAGCGGGAAGUUGCGUCGCCCCCGGUCAGCCCGCUCAAGCGCACGGUGAGCACCUGGCGAAGGAGUAUGCCGAGCAUACCGUCCCUCGGACUGGGCGAGGCGCAUCAUGCCAACGAGAGCGCCCCGCCGGCACCCAGAUCUGCACGCAAACCCACCGUUCGUGACCUCGCGAUCCUGCCCACUCAGCGCGUCAUGCGCUACGUCCUUCUCUACCGAGACCUCCUCGCACACACCCCACCCACAUCCUCUGCCCGCCCCAUCAUCGAGCGCGCCGUCGACGCAGCAUGUAGGAUCGCAGAAAAAUGCGACAGGGCACAGAACAACGCUGCGUUCGUCGCCCACUCCGGCUCCUCCAACUCCAACACCCACACCAACGCCACCCUCCUCGUUACUGCUGGUACCAGCCCCAGCACGAGCAGUAGCAGGAGCAGCAGCCGACGCGAGCCGCCCUCGCGCGCCGAGUCGCCUUCCGCGCAGACGACCGCUUCGUCUGCGUCCAACUCGACCACAACCUCCAACUCGUCCAACUCUUCUAGCUCGUCCGCUUCCUCUGCGAGCUCCGCCCUGACGUCGAUUACCACCCCUUCCUCAUCCCCCGUAGUCAAUUUCCCCUCCGCGGCAGAGAAGCUCGUGAAAGGUCCGAGCGCCUUUAGAGCAGGAGCAGGGGGUGCGUAUACGCCGACGACUGAACAGACGCGCACGAAGCGCCGGAUGUCGGCGUCUGCGACGAUGUUCAAGUCACUUGGGUGGGGGAAGGGCAGACCGGGGAGCAGUGGUGGGCACCCUCAGCCGCCGUUGCCGUUGCCUUUGCCUUUGCGCUCUAUUACGAUUGGCGGCGGCGGCAGUGGGACCAUGCCGAUGGUCGUCCGCGCCGAAGCGUCAAGUUGA